AUGUCUGUUUGCGAAUAUACUGUUGAAAAAGUGAUUAAUAAACGUUUUGCUGAAAAUCGAGUCGAAUACUUACUGAAAUGGAAAGGUUGGCCGAGUACACACAAUACCUGGGAACCUGUUGAAAAUUUGAAUUGCGAAAAUUUAAUAAAAGAAUAUGAGCGCAAAUCAGAUAAACUUCAAAACGCAGAAUUAAAAACAACAACCACAAUAGACAUCCAUAAUAACCAAGUUCCGGCGGAAGAUGAUAUUGUAAUAACAACCAUAUCUUCGAAUACUGGUAAUUAUAAAGAAAGUAAUCGUCGUUUAUCAAAAGAAAAGUCAUUAACACGAUCAAAAGUUAAAAAAGAUACUCCAUUUAAUGGCAAAAAACAAUUAGACAAGAUUCUUAGUCUAAGACAAGUCGAUGCUAAAUCGAAUAAACUCGAAUUUCGAUGUAAACUGCGCGGAGUGAAACGGCCAACAUGGGUGUCAAAUAAAAUUGUAAAUGAACUUUAUCCAACAGAUGUAAUACAUUUUUAUCAACAACUCUUAAAAUUUGACGUUAGAGGUAAAUCAGAAUAG